ACCCCGGCGGCCCUGUUCUUUUUCACACCAACAACUCAUCAGUGAUGAACUCCCCAAUGACUUAUUUUCCCAUCAUGCUAUUCCCCACAAUAUUCUUCACUGAUUGCAGAACCUAUGCAUUUCCAGAUGUGGGCUUUUCCUUGACACGGUUGGCACAUAUCAGCACCCCCUGACGAUAAAGGUGUCUGUUCAAGAACUUGGGGGCACUACUAAGGAAUAUUCAAGCGGACUAUUUUGGAUGGCGGAUCUUUGCCAGCUAUCAGUCUCCUUGAUCACUUCUACACGUGGUUCUGCUCCGGCGUGCCAUGAACAAGCUCUUUGGCCGCUGGGACAGUAUCGCAGCGUUUUCCAUCGACUCUGUUCAGCCUUUCCCCCCCCCCUCGGUAUGCCAUCGACAACACAAAUAGUGUUCCAUGUGGUGUACACCAAGUUAAUGAGCGGUACGUAUCCUAUUGGCUUUCGUCCUGCAACUGCCGAACACCAAAGAACUGAAAUUGCACCGCGAGAACAAAAGUCCUCACGAAUCGCACGCCUAUAUUUGAUAUUCGGCGCUAUUUUUGCCUCCAGGCUUCUUCACACACACUCAGAAGGAAGAACCAUGUGCGCGUCCUUAAUUAACUCAAUUAGGAGGUGGAAAAUUUGUCAUGAUCUCCAGGAUUAUGAUAAUCGAGUUCCACAUGCACAGUCAGCGACCGGCGCCCGCGAUCGCAUCGAUUAUGAAUAUCUACAUACUGUGUUUUCUCGAGCGGGAUAUUCUACUGUAAAGUGGCUAAAUUCGUAGGCUUGGCCUCGGUGAUCGAAUUUCACAUUGAUCACCAUAUUGCAUAGUUCGCAUGCGUUGGACGGCGCGUGCCUUGCUUCAGCCGCGGGUUGGCGGCUUCACGAAGCGUGCGCGAGUCGAUAUUUCCGACAUAUA